AUGCUGCGUCGAGCACUUUCCGGCGGAGCUGUGAGGUUGUCUGCUGCUGCCGCCGCAUCUGCUGUGGAGCCAUUGAAGAGGACUGCGCUGUACGACUUCCAUAUGGCCCAGGGUGGGAAGAUGGUGGACUUCGCCGGGUGGAGCAUGCCUGUCCAAUAUAAGGAUACUGGCAUCAUUACUAGCUGCCUCCACACAAGGGCGGAUGCCUCCCUGUUCGACGUCUCCCAUAUGGGCCAGCUACGAGUAUAUGGCAAGGAUAGGGUCCGCUUUAUGGAGUCCUUAACAGUAGGAGACCUGCAGAUACUUAAACCAGGGGAAGGGAGGCUCACGCUGAUCACAACACCUCAGUCUACCAUAAUUGACGACACGGUUAUAUGCAACGAAGGGGAUCAUCUCUAUGUGGUACUUAAUGCCAGUAAUACCGAGAAGGAUAUGAAGCAUAUUGAGACCGCCUUGGCAGACUUCGAUGGUGAUGUUAGUCUUGAACCACAUCCCGAGGCCUCCCUCAUAGCCCUACAGGGCCCUAAGGCGAUGGAAGUGCUCCAGCCCAUGCUAGCUGAGGACCUCACAAAGGUGCCGUUUAUGGUAUCUUUCGCCACUACAGUGAAUGGUGUACCCAACGUCACAGUCACCCGAUGUGGGUAUACUGGAGAGGACGGCUUCGAGUUGUCUAUUCCGACCUCAGAGGGAGUCAAUGCUAUAGCGGAGAAAAUGAUAGAGAACGAGGCAGUCCUCCCAGCAGGGUUAGGAGCUAGGGAUACCCUCCGUAUUGAAGCGGGUCUAUGUCUGUAUGGCCAUGACAUUUCGGAAACUACUACCAUCGCUGAGGCAGCAUUGUCCUGGACGGUGUCGAAGCGCCGUCGCAAUGAAGCAAACUUCCCGGGGGUUGAGGUGUUCUUGAGGCAAGUGAAGAAAGGUGGAGUAGAUCGCAAACGAGUGGGGUUACUGGUAACAGGCCCACCUGCUAGAGAGGGCAGUACGAUACUGGAUACUGAUAGCAACAAGAUAGGAGAAGUUACUUCGGGAACCUUCAGCCCAACUCUAGGUCGUCCGAUCGCUAUGGGGUAUGUCCAAACUGCAUUCAGUAAGAGUGAUACGGUCGUACAGACUGAGGUUAGGAAUAAGAUCAACGAAGCGAUAAUCACCAAGAUGCCCUUUGUUGAGGCCAACUAUUACAAGGUCUAA